GUUGUGUCAAAGCUUCACCGAGAACUUCCAGCCCCGGAAGAUUGCGGAGCAGAUACCAAUGGAGGACUUGCUGAAGCCCACCGGGUACCAGAUGGUCCUGAAUGCCCUCAUCCGGAAAUAUCGAACAGGUGGCGUCGAUGUUGCGGCCUUUGGAGAGACCGGAAAUGUUGGCCCAGCGGCGGGGGCAGCUCUGACUCUGGGCUCCACAGCAUCAAAGCACUACCCAGUCAUCUCCGAGGAGGCAAAGGCCGGACUUCCCUUCUUCCAGGAGGGCAAUGCAGAGGAUGAAGGGGAAGAUGAGGGAGGACAGGACGGGAAGGAGGACGAAGAGUCCGAAGAGUUGGACGAGGACGAAAUGUACAUGGAAGACCGGGAGUGUGAGGAGGACGAAGCAAUCUUCCUAGAAGCCUGUCACUCGGCAUACGCGGACGUGAG